AUGGGCCGUGCCGUACGACGCAGCGUGCUGGCUUCCCCCGCGGCCUCCCCGGGCUGGCCGCCCUCCCGACAGCCUCCGGACUCCCUCCCGCCAUCCUCCGGCCUCGUCCCGCCUGCCUGCGCCUCCUUCCGCCCGCCGCGCUCCCUGAGGCAGCCCAUGGCCGGACCCUGCUCGGCGCGGCUGCAGGGCGACGUGGCCGCCUUCAGCGCUGCCCUGCGCACCCUGGUCAACAACCCCCAGUUCAGUGAUGUGAUGUUCGUGGUGGGCCAGGAGCAGCAGAAGGUGUUUGCACACCGCUGUGUGCUGGCGUGCCGCUGUCAGGUGUUCCGUGGGAUGCUCAGCCAGGCACCAGUGGGCAGCCAGGACUCCUCCAGCAGCAUCCCACCCCAGGGCCCCUUCAUCCUGGGCAACGUGCAGCCUGAGGUCUUCCUGGCCGUCAUUGAGUUCCUCUACACCAACAGUGUCACCCUCAACAGCCACAUAGCACUGGAGGUGCUGACCUCGUCGGUGGAGUAUGGCUUGCAGGACCUGUGCAAGCUCUGUGUCAAGUUCAUCAAGGACACGCUGAGUGUGGAGCAGGUUUGCGAGGCCCUGCAGGCUGCAGUGACCUAUGGGCAGGUGGACCUCCAGCAGCACUGCCUGGCCUUCAUCGAGGGCUGCACCGCGGCAGUGGUGCGGACCCAGGGCUUCCGUGAGCUCUCCGACGUGGUGCUGGCGCGGGUGCUGCGCAGUGACCGCCUGGCCGCAGAUGAACUGGACCUGGUGCAGGCUGUGCGGGAGUGGGCACACGUCAGCUCGGCUGUCCUGGAGCGUCCGGUGCCAGAGGUGGCUGCCCUGCCAGUGAGGGAGCUGCGUCUCCCCUUGCUGGCACCCAGCGAACUGGUGACACUGGAGAGCUACAACCAGCAGGACCUCCUCAUCCCGGUGGAGAGCAUCGCGGCAGCCUGGCGUGCCCACGCACUGAGGAAGGGCAGUGGGGUGCCCUCCCGCCUCUGCCGUCCCCGCCGGGGCACACGGCCCCGCGACCAUCACCGUCACCUCGAGCCACAUGCCAAGUAGGGGCUGGGCAACGAGUUUUGUCCAGCUCAGCCAGGGACUCUACAGCGGGGCAGGGUGUGGGGCUGGGCACUGAUGCUGCCAUGGCCAAGAGCAUCGAUAAGGUGCUUUGUCCCAUGUCACAGCAUCGGGGCCAGGGCAGGAUGCCUGGGUCACCCCCAAAAGUGAUGCAGGGGCUGGGGGAAGGGUAGAGCUGGGCUAUGCGAUGGGUGCAAGGACACUGCAGGCUGCCCAGGUAGUGACCCAAGGGUGGUGGGGCUGCAGGGAUCCCUGCGGGUUGGGGACGCAAGAUGAGCUCCCCCUUCCCCGGGGCCGUGCUGCCCUCCCUCGGCAGCGGGGCCGUGCUGCAGUGGGAGAGAGCGCCAUCACCUGCCCGGGGAGGGGCACGGAACCCUCCAUGGCAGCGGCACGGGGACUCUGGGGCUUGGAGGGGGUGCAGGUAGGAGGGGGGACACAUGGGGGCAUCUUUGCACGCACCGCUGCACCGACAGGCUCCCACCCCCCAACCGCUGCCAAGCCCUACUAGCAGGCCACACACACGCAGGACAGGCUGCCAGCCCUCCCAUGUGCCACACACACAGUGUGCAGCCCCCCUUGCACCCCCCCAUUGAAUGUGUGCACACAGCUGGGUCUGUCUCAAGCACACAUACACCCCUUCCAGCUGUGUUCCCCAGGAGAAAGGGCCGGACACGGCAGGUAAUUUAUAUAUAAUAUAUAUAUUUACUCUUUAAAAAUAAACCUUC